AUGGGUAAUAAAGUCGUCGUGAGAUCCGGAGCAUCAAAAGAACUCACUCCACAGGCGUUGGCACUACUCAAAGCAAGUUCUAGUCUUAGUGAAGAGGAAAUUAUUGAUUUACAUGCAGCUUUUUGGAAUGAUUUUCCUUCCGGUAGAAUGGAUAAACAUGGUUUCGUAAAAUACUACGAAGAAAUCAAAGAUGAAAACGACAAAACCAAUGUUCUCUGCGAUCAUGUAUUCGCCGUGUUCGACCGAGAUCAUGACGGAACAAUUGAUUUCUAUGAAUUUCUAAUUGCAGUCGCUGCUGGCUCUCCAGGAGACUUGGAUAGUCAUCUUAAUUACGUUUUUGAGAUGUGCGAUGUUUCAGGCGAUGGACAGAUGGAUUUACAUGAAUUAGCUGCAUUUUUGAAAGCUUCUUUGACAAUCGCUGGUAAAUCUGACAAAGCGAAUAAAAACUAUCCAAAAGAACUUGCCAUUGGUGUUUUCAAUACACUUGGUGUAGGUGAAGGUGAAAAAUUGAAUAAAGAACAGUUUAUUCAAGGAUGUAAAAAAGAUCCCGAUCUUCGUGAAUUAUUCGGCGGUGGCCACUGA